CCUGUGCAAGAGCACCGGCCCGAUCUGCCUGGCAGUGUCUUAUUACGCACGUUGCGGCACUUACCGCACGCGAGAUUGCGUGCACGCGUGCUCUCUCGCCUACAACGCGAACGCGCCGUGCCGUGCCGUGCCGUGCCGCGUCGCGCCGCGAUGCCGAUGCACCGGUGACUCGUGACUCGUGACGCACGUUUUUCCGCGAUGCAUGCGCGCAGCAUUGGAUUUCUCCAUGGGUGAACGUUCGAAGGUCGUUCGUCGACGUUCGUCGACGAGCAUACGGGACUCCUGCGACUUUAGACUAAGUUUUCACAUGGAACGCCAGAUUCUUUUGCCUUCCACGAACAUCGACGGGGAUACGCUUGUUGUGCACACCUGGGUCACCCGAUUAGAAUAGCUGCUAAUCUCGUAUGCAUGCACGUCCGAGACCAGUUUUUUGGAAUUCGUUGAAAUUCGCUUGCGCGAACGAGAAUCGAAUCUCUCACAGCGAAUAAAAAUAUCGUUGGUCUCUCUGAUGUUCAUCGAAUUUUCUAUGCUAGAAGGAUAAUAGGAUUUAUAGAGGAAGAUAAGAUAAUUACAUAGUGGGAAUUACGAAAAAUAAAGAGUUCUCUUUCGUUAUAGUUUGAUCGUUGAUGUGCAGUGUGUAAUUGUAAACAGUGAUGAGUUUCUUGUACGGGUGAAGCACCCAUGAUCGAAUUAAACAAACGUACGACUGUUGAUACGUCAUUAAGCGGAUUUAAUGAAAGAGCGCAAGCAUAUUUUUCCAUUGAACGACGUCGAUGAAAGGCAUCAUUAUGCAAAUGGCAUUUCAAGAUUGACGGACAGGGUUGCUUUCCUCGACAAUGCAUGCGUGCCAGUAUUUCUGGAUGAGUAGACAAUUAAAUGACGUUCGCGCACACUUAAUGAAAGGAUUGGUUGAUCUUGAUUAAUGGUGCUAGAAUUAAGUGUGUGUAACUUGAUCGACGGGGGAUUCCUUUAUUCGGUUAAGCGAUGAAAUAUAUUAUUAUGUAGUGUUCGCUGUAGAACUGACAGCUGAAAUUGUUUUGCCGGAGUCCAUGCAUGCCUGACAGGAUUUCUUAAUAAGUGGAUAAUUAAACCUUAUUGGUGAACGUUUAAAGAAGUAAUUAUAUCGUCUUAAUUAGUCGGGACGUGUGUAAUUAUGUGAUUUUGUUCGAAAGAAAGGGUACAACUGUUCGAUGCUCCUUACGAAAGCCUUACGAAAAUUGUUAUAAAAGCAAAGUAGUGGGAUACGACUGUAACAGAAAAUUACGAUACUCGGUAGAAGGAGCAUGAGUGAUAAAGUUCGCAAUGAUACGACAUGAACCAACCAUAAGUUAUUUCGUCUCUUUGCUUAUUGAACUCGAGCGUUCACUGGAAUCAAUUAAUCGAAAGUAGAUUAGGACUGACGUUCGAUGUUUUCAAAUAUCGCGAAUAGUUUGUUGCAGCUGUUCACUUGACUACGUUCAAGUCCACUUGCGAAACGCCUGAACGCGUUUCUCGAAACUAGUUUUCGUGGUCAGCAGGAUUAAUGACACGAAAGUGAUCGCGUAGGUCUCUGUGGCGUAGAAGUGGCGUGGAACAGAGCGUUCGCCGGGCAUGUUUAGACGAAAGUGACAGUGAUUAGUGACCACGGUGCAUACCUCCGCGGAGCGCACGGCAACGCGGGACUCCUUUAUGAUUUCGCAAAAUUGAACGAAUCGUUGUGCAAAAGUGGCCGGUGAAAGUGACCAAGUUUCUCUCCAGAAGUUUCUUUCACUGCACGAAAGAAGCGAUAGCAAAAGAAAAAAAAAGAAAUUAAUCUUCGUUAAACGAAUAUGUGCGUUACUAUAAAUUUCAAGAUCGCAUCAGUUUCCAAGAUAUCGCGUGAUGGCGAUAAGUGUUAACGCGGAAUUGUGUCGAGAUAUUAUUCAACAUUUGUAAUGUACGUUUCGUGUUAUGAAGGGCAUUUCUUCUUUUUUUUUUUUUUUUCAAUAUUCAGAGAAAAUUAAGUACACUAUGCAAGUUAAUGGUCUAACGAUCAAUUUUUUUCGUACAUAAAUAUCGCGAGUGAUAAAAAAUCCAAUGAAAAGGAUGUAAUUUUAAAUAUUACGCGGUUAAAGGAUCGACUCAUUCGUUAACCUGUUGAAUAACGUGUUAGAUAAGUAAGAUGCAGAAAUUUUAUACGUGUUUAGUGAUUUGGCUAUUUGUAUGUGAUUGUAACAAUGAGAAACCGGAAAAAGAAUGAUUACUUCCGCACGUCACGCGUUGGACAGGUGGUUGAUCGGUGGCGAACGAGACGGCGAGCAAUUAACGAAAUAUGCAAUUAAAAGACCGAAUAGACAGGGAUAAUUGAAACAUCCAUGGGUGGAAAGGAGGAAGAAGAGGCUGGGGACGUAGCCGUCAAGAUGCCGGAGGCCACUCUGAAAAUAUUCAACGGUGUACAGUACAUGGGUUCGUUUCCUGUGGCAAUUCCCGACAUUGCCAGCCGAGCUGAGUACGUACGCUCCCAGUUGGAGACCCUUAGAUAUAGUGAUCGGUCCACGCCCGUUCUCCUGAUAGUGUCGCUCGCGGGUAUUAAAGUAUGCAGUCCAGAUGGAAAAUGCGUGCAAAUGGCGCACGCGUUAAGGCGCAUCUCGUACGCAACCUGUGAACCUCAGCACGCUCAAUUCAGCUUCCUCGCCCGAGAGCCUAGAGCGCACUUCAGCAUACAAUAUUGCCACUCUUUUAUCACCGAAUCUGCAGAACAGGCGGAGGAGUUAAACACCAUUGUCGGCAAUGCUUUUCGUAUGGCAUACGUGGCGCAGCUUCAGCGCCAACCGAUCCUUCAAGAUGUGAUCUCACCGCAAUCAUCACCACCCUACCGAAAGGACAAACAAGAGAAUCGAUCUACGUGGAACAAAUCGCUGGCUGGCGACAGCUCGAUCGCCGGCGCGGGAGGUGUUUGCAGGAAUUCGUCUUCGAAUUCGUGGCUAAAAAGUCGGACGUCGCCCACGUCCAGAACUGGAAGCGGCUCGUCUGCGGCGGACAUGAACGUACAGCUCGGCAGCGCCGGCUCGCCCACGCUGCGACUCGCUAGCGUGAAGACACCGAACUCGAUCCCGGGUCUACGGCCGACGCACAACUUUACGAACGUUCUCGGCCCUAUUACGAACGAGGAUGAGCCAAAGAGUAUCUCUCAGCAGAGCACACCGAGCAGCGAUGAGAGCAACUCACCGACGGAACUAAACUCGUACAAGAGACUAACGGACAAGCCACCUCUGAUAAAGCGGCUGGCGAUGGGUUUGACAGGUGGACGUGACGUUCUUGGACUGAACGGUGAGGAUGACAGCUGCCCCCUCGUCAGUGGUAGCAGCACACCGACGAGCCCAUCAAACAGGCCGCAUUCUGGGGGUUAUAUAAACGAGGCGAUCAUCGACUCUGAGGGUACGAGGCCGACCUACAACAAGAUACCCCCGUCUGAGAGCCUGGAUAAUACUAUCAACGCGUCUAUUACCGCGAAGAACUUCAACAUUGAGAACAACAGGAUAGGACACAAUUCUCCGAGCUCUGGUACAGAAACAGAAUUCAAAUCGAAGAGAAGAUCUCAGAUCAGCACUUCGAGCAGUUCGGUACCCGCUGAUGGAAGCACACACGGUUCCACACCGACCCCACCACCUCUUCCUGAAAGAACGGAUAGUCUCAAUAAUCGCAGUGAAGAAGCUGAACUGCGCAAAGCUCCCUGGUUCCAGGCUGGAAUACCAAGGGAAAUAACGCUGGAAGUGUUGAGCCAAGAGCCGGAAGGAGCCUUCAUGGUGAGAGAGAGCACCAGUAAACCCGGAUGUUAUGCCCUUUCGCUUCGAGUGCCGCGCGAAUUCCAACCAAGCGGAAUAGCCCAUUAUCUCAUAAUGCGCACGAACAAAGGCUACAAAAUCAAGGGCUUCACAAAGGAAUUCACAACUCUGACCGCCCUAAUUACUCAUCACUCGGUGAUGCCAGAAUUACUGCCGUGCCCGUUGUCAUUAAGUCGAUACAACCCUAGCUUUGUGAAAAGCGAUUCCAACAAAGACUUCGCGGACAUCGAUUCAGAUCCCGAUUACAAUACCUUAGCCGAUUUCCGUAAAAUGAUGGCUGACCUGAACGUCUAGAAAAAGCUGGCAAUCAGGACGAUCUGGCAAAAUCGAUGCUUUCACCGACGCUCUUCGAACCGAACGAUUAAAGCGAAUUCGUUCAGAGAGACCACGAGAAAUUGAAACGCGUUUCACGAUACAAUUGUGUACGAGAUCACGUAAAUGCGAUUACAGGCACGAAGGGUUCGUGAAAUCAUUGAAACGUGUUUUUAUCUUGAAUUUCAUAUCGUCCUCGGUCGAUCAUGUUCGUCGAUUAAUAAAGAAAUUUCUUGAUCGCGUAACGAACUAAUUUGCUGCAACGAUUCAUCGCAUACUCGAGAAUGAAAUGCGUCGCACGUUCGAAUGAUUCUGUACGUUGCCGCGGUGAUAUGUAUUUCAUAAGUCAUCGAUAACGAUAGGAAACAUAGCGUAAGUAAUUUAACGACCGCCGCUAUUCAUGGAAAUAACAGCGAAUCAAAAGUCGGAGGACGCAUAGCAGGGAAACUGAUUCCUUAUUUUAUAGAUCGAGUCGCAGGGUUCGCGUUAAAUCAACGAGAAACUGUCGAUAUGCAUUUCAUUGAAUUAAAUCGUUAACAGUUCACGAGGAUCGCUCGACGCAUGCCGAUACGCCUUGACGCUGACUCUGCGAUAAAAAAUUUCGAAUGACAACUAGUUUACAGCAUUUUCGAUGAGCUAGUUUAUUGUAGAAUUUGGAUGGAAUAAAAGUUAUCACAAAAAAUGAGAUAAGUAUAUUUUUUAAUGUUACUGCGAAUGUCUCUUGAAUGGUUUUCUCGUUCCGGACGAAUGUGUGAAAUCUUAUGCUGUUGAAUUUAGUUUAGAAAUCGAAGAUUAUUUGACAGCGUUGCAUUACCCGACAACAAUCGUCCAAGCAGAAGCAAAGAAAAAAAUAAAAAAAAGAAAAUGAUAAAAUUUACCAAUAAAAUAUUAUCAGAGGAGUUCAACAUAUUUAGCAGAUCGAUGUAUGUGACUUUGAACAGGACGACAAUGCAAUGAGAUUUUUCGUAAUUUUCGAUCGAUUGAAAGGAGGAUUUUUAAAAUCCUUCGAGGAUUCUACCAUUAGAAUUUCACGCGGCUAAAUAGUGUUUUACAAAAUUAAUGUAAAUGUGUUUAUAUGUAUAUAAAUUAUAAUUAUUGUUAUACGAUACUACUCAUAUUUAAUUAAAUGACAUUGACGGCAUCGUUAGGAGGAACUAUAACCUUGAGACAGUGACAACAGGAAGCGUAGAAUACCAUGGAAUUUUGAAGCCGACGAAAGAAAUAAUUUUACACUGAUAAUUUAAUUGCUCGACUAACCUAGUCUUGUACAGAAUUUAUGCGCGCAUAGUUGAUAUUAAAAAAAGAGAAGAAGAAAAGAAUAAGCAACUGUAUAAUCAUAUGUGCGUAUUAAUUAACAUACGAUCGAUAAACGAGAAAAAUCGGAGACUAUGUGCCGCUUUUUAUACGCCCAAGGACAUGAAAUUUUAAGAAUACAAUUCGAUAGAGAACUCUUGCUUCAUCAUUUUUUCGAUAUACGAAAUGACAAGGAAUGAUAAAUUAAAAUUUAGAUAACUAUCAUCGAAUUCAUCGAAUAAUAUAAUUCGCGUUAGAUCAGAUUUUACAAACGGCAGACUGUCGUUGAUUUAUCCUACAAAGUAACGCGAAUGAGACACAUGAUAACUGACAAAUAAUAAAAUAGUAUUUUAAUAAGGAGUUUACCCACGUUCAAAUAUCUGGUAUUAAAUUAAAUACAAUACCCCAUCCCUACAAUGCUAGAGCAUUUACGUAUAAAAUCGAUAAAUGUGUCUUGUAUUCAUUUAUUUAAACCGUAUCAACCGAAAAUGUAACAUCUACAAUGCGGACUUGAAAAUAUAAGAUAAGCAAAAAUACGAAGACUAAAAUCACUUACUUAGCCAUCUUUGACAAAAACAUGAAAUAAGACUUCAGCAUGAUUUUUAGCUAGUUUGUGAACGUUCACCGUACUUCGACAUUGAAAAGAAGGUAUAGAAUGAUCUGCGUAUUGCCAAAUUGAUAAACAAUUAUUAAGAUAAAUGCGCAAAGAAAAUAGAAGGAAAUUAAUAAAUCGUUGUAAGCUACGCUAAGCAAGACAUUAAUCACUGCUUGAAGUUUGUAACGUUUUACGAAUUAUUAUAGCAAUGCGUUGUAUAAUUUCAAUAAAAUUAUUUAUUACAAUAAAUAUUAGACAUUAUAGUCAAUAUUUUAGUCCAUAAUGUGUAUCCAUAAAAAUAUUAUCCAUUGUCGAAAACAUUACGUGGUAUAUGAAAUACCUGUUUCUUUAAGUGAAGUAAUUACAUUAAAUUUGAUAUCGAAUAUGAUUUAGCAUCACAAGUUAAUAUUUCUUAUAAGAAUAACAGAAAAUUGAAUCAUGUAAUUCUUCAUUUUGAAAUUUAGGAAAUUAGUAUUAAACGAAUGUAGCAUAUACAGGAUGAUUUUCUUGCUAGUUAACUCAAAGGAAAUGUAAUAACGCUCUGUUUAUAUAUAUAUAUAUAAUAUAUAUCAAGUAAUAAUAUGUCGUCAGAAUCUGAUAUCAGUCCUGUGUUAGGACAAAAACAACUAUGUGUGUAUUAUUAGUGGCAUCGCCUUUGAAUCAACUAGAGAAUUACCCCGUAUAACAAUAAAUUCAUAAAUUUUAACAUUUGCUUUAAAAUAAAAAAUAAAUUU